AUGCUGACAGGAUGGAGACUGGCGUUAUCGAAACUAUUCAUAAUACCGCAGCGCUAUGUGCUGGCUAUAAUGGCUUUGUUUGCCAUAGCCAAUGCAUAUACAAUGCGUGUCUGUCUCAAUAUGGCGAUCACACAAAUGGUGAAGAAGAGAGAUUCAGGCAUUGGCAGUUCACAUUACGACCCAGACGCUUGCCCAGAUCCCAACACCUCGAAUGCUACAAUGACUCUUGCUAAUUUCCUUUUGCGUGCGGAUGGCGGAGAGGAAAAGUUUGACUGGAGUGAAGCCACCCAAGGUUUACUUCUGAGUUCAUUCUAUUAUGGAUAUGUUGUGACGCAUCUGCCUGGAGGGAUGUUGGCGGAAAGGCUCGGUGGAAAAUGGGUGUUGGGACUCGGUCUACUAUCCACAGCUAUCUGCACAUUGGUCACUCCAUUUGCUGUUAAAACUGGAGGAGCUACAGCCUUAUUCAUUUUGAGAGUCAUCGAAGGUCUUGGCGAAGGCCCAACAAUGCCUGGGUUGAUGGCUAUGGUGUCAAAAUGGUCACCAAAAGAAGAAAGAGCUAAAAUGGGAGCCAUUAUAUUUGGUGGAGCCCAAAUAGGAAAUAUUGGUGGCUCAUAUUUUUCAGGCCUAAUUAUGCACGAAGGCAGUUGGGAAAACGUUUUCUACUUAUUCGGCUCUAUAGGCUUGGCGUGGUUUGUUAUUUGGACUUUCCUCUGCUACAGUACACCAAACACACAUCCGUUCAUAUCGGAUGCUGAAAAGAAGUUCUUAAACGAAAAUGUUGCUGCGCUUAAACACAACAAGGAGCAAAAACUCGACCCAGUGCCUUGGAAAGCUCUGAUUCGAUCAUGGCCAUUGUUGUCUCUUAUCAUAGCAGCUAUCGGUCACGAUUGGGGAUACUUUACGAUGGUUACUGAUUUACCUAAAUACAUGACAGAUGUUCUGAAGUUCAAUAUUAAAUCUACUGGAACUCUCUCUGCCGUACCUUAUGUAGCGAUGUGGAUUUCGUCUUUCUUCUUUGGUGUAUUGUGUGAUUUUUGUAUCAAGAAAGGUUACCAUAAUAUUAGGAAUGCUAGAAAAAUUUACACAACUAUCGCUGCUACUGGACCCGGUAUAUGUAUAAUCAUGGCUUCGUAUUCUGGCUGUGACAAGACCCUAGCAGUGUUUUGGUUCAUAGCAGCUAUGACACUUAUGGGCGCUUACUACAGCGGAAUGAAGGUUAACGCUCUGGAUAUAACCCCUAACUACGCCGGUACCACUACAGGUCUAGUAAAUGGAAUUGCAGCUGUAUCUGGCAUCAUUUCACCAUACUUAAUAGGACUUUUGACUCCACAAUCAACGCUCAAGCAGUGGCGUGUCGCGUUUUGGGUCUGUUUUGGAUUAUUGGUGGUGACUAACGUUGUUUACCUAAUAUUCGCGAAAGGGGAACAGUUAUGGUGGGAUGACGUCAAGACAAUGGGGUAUCCAAAGGGUUGGAAACAUGGACCGUUGCCAACGAGGAAAACGGACGUUGAAAAGGAAAAAUCUAAAGAGGAAGUUAAACAAUAA